UCCUAGUGAGGAGAAGCGGACGCUGAGCAGUGUUCACGUUCAGUCGCUGUUGUGGCUGUGGAGGGAGCACACUCAGCCAGUGCCUUUGGUCGACCGUGAUUCAGACCGAGCUACAACGAGACUCCUUCAAACUCGUCGACUAACAACGAAAACAACACCUGCAGGCGUGUCCGAACAAAAAAACUCCGACUUUUGCCGGAGACCUUUAACCCCGGCGGCAGGUGCUGGAAAAAGAGCAAGAGCGGCGAGUUGUGGAAAGACUGCGGUGAAGGUCGGCAGGAUGUUCAGCCAGCUGUUCAUUUCUUUGUGAAUGGAUUAGAAGAGGUGGGUUGCGACCAUGCGCUGCCUGGCUGCUCGGGUCAACUACAAGACCCUCAUCGUCAUCUGCGCCCUCUUCACGCUCAUCACCGUGUUGCUGUGGAACCGCUGCUCGAGCGACACCUCCAUACGCUUCCUGCCCCGCGCCGCCAUGGUGGCUCCCAGCCCCAAGAUCGGGGAUGCCAGCAUCAGCAGCCAGCAGCAUCCUCCCCAACCCCCGGAGCCCCCGCCUGUGGUCGGGGUCGUCAGCGGGAUCAAGUACGAAGAAAUUGACUGUCUGAUCAACGACGACGCGACUAUCAAAGGGCGGCGAGAGGGCGGAGAGAUCUACCUGCCCUUCUCGUGGAUGGAAAAGUACUUCGAGGUGUACGGUAAAGUCGUGCAGUACGAUGGCUACGAUCGCUUUGAGUUCCAGCACAGCUACUCGAAGGUUUACGCCCAGCGGGAGCCCUACCACCCCGACGGGGUCUUCAUGUCCUUCGAGGGAUACAACGUGGAGGUUCGGGAUCGUGUGAAGUGCAUCAGUGGAGUGGAAGGCGUGCCUCUGUCCACGCAGUGGGGUCCUCAGGGCUACUUCUACGCCAUCCAGAUUGCCCAGUACGGCUUGAGCCACUACAGCAAGAACCUGACUGAGCGCGCCCCCCACGUGGAGGUGUACGAUACGGCCGAGGAGAGGGACAGCCGGGCUAGCACGGCGCCCUGGGGUGUGCCCAAAGGUUGCGGCCUCAGCCGCGUCUACGACAAGACCAGAGCUUCCUCUGUGCGUCAGUUCAGUGCUCCAGAGUCCUCAGAAGGCGUGUCCCUCCAGCUGAGCAACUCCAAAGACUUUAUCCUGAGCCUGGACGUCAAGUUCGUCUCCAACGGCAGCGUGUCCGUGAUCCUCGAAACCACAGAGAAAGGCCCGCCCUUCACCAUCCACUACGUGACCAGCGCGCAGCUCAUCGCCUUCAAAGACCGCGAGAUCACCUACGGGGUCGGGCCGCGGACCACCUGGAGCACCCUGACCCGAGACUUGAUCACCGACCUCAGGAAGGGCGUCGGGCUGUCCAACACCAAGGCUGUCAAGGCCACAAAGAUCAUGCCCAGACGGGUGGUGCGGUUGGUCCUCCACGGGCGCGGCUUUGUCGACAACGUCACCAUCUCCACCACCGCCCACAUGGCCGCCUUCUUCGCCGCCAGCGAGUGGCUGCUGCGCAACCAGGACGAACGGGGCGGGUGGCCCAUCAUGGUCACCCGUAAACUGGGGGAGGGCUUCCGGCCCCUGGAGCCCGGCUGGUACUCGGCCAUGGCCCAGGGCCAGGCCAUGUCCACCCUGGUGAGAGCCUACCUCCUCACGAAGGACCAGGCGUACCUCAACGCUGCCCUCAAGGCAGUGGGACCCUACAAGGUGCCUUCAGCGCAGCACGGGGUCAAAGCCGUGUUCAUGAACAAGUACGACUGGUAUGAAGAGUACCCCACCACUCCCAGCUCUUUUGUCCUCAACGGCUUCAUCUACUCCCUGCUGGGACUCUACGACGUGACCGAGACAGCCGGGGAAAAGCUUGGCAGGGAGGCAGGGCAGCUGUUCAGCCGCGGCAUGGAGUCGCUGAAGGCCAUGCUGCCGCUCUUCGACACGGGCUCCGGGAGCAUCUACGACCUGCGUCACUUCAUGUUGGGCACCGCACCCAACUUGGCUCGCUGGGACUAUCACACCACGCACAUUAACCAGCUACAGUUGCUGGCGUCCAUAGACAACUCCGCCAUCUUCAAGGAUGUAGUGAAGCGCUGGAAAAACUACUUAAAAGGGAUUCGUGCCAAGCACAACUAGACAGAAAUAUAACCCGCAGAUGAUACAGCUGAGAUGAAAAGAGGAUCAAUAUAUAUUCUGUGUGUGUGUGUGUGUGUGUGAGAGUGUGUGAGGACGGUUUGGGCGAUUGAAUGAGAGGCGGCGAUCACGUUGUGUCUGUUUGAGGUUCACAGUCUGAAGGAUGAGUUUAGUCAGCUGUCUGCAGCUUUCAAUACACAAACUCGCUCACGUGCUCCGUUGCAGGUUUUAUCUUUUCUGCAACAUCGACUGUAGCUCUCGUCUCCCGUUUUCUUUUUUUUUUUCUCUUUUUUUUUUUUAGUUUUCCUUGAAGCUAGUGUUUGUAAUUAUGCACAGACCUAGUUUCAGAGUGUUUGCGUUGGGAAACGGCGCGCGCUUAAAAUACCAAUACACCAUGCGAGAGAAAGACGAAACUCCUCGAAUCACAUUUCAGACUUUCUUUAAUUCACCACAUUUCUUUCUUCGACUGUGUUUUUUUUUCUUUUUGCCAUUUCAUCUGAAAUUUGCAAAGUUUAUUGAAAGAAUGAAAAUGUAAAUAACAGAAUAUAUGAUAAAUUAUGUGAAGGAGAAUGUUGCCAAAAUAAUGAAUUUAUCUUAUCAAUAUAAAUACUUUUUUUUUCUCUCUCUCCACCACAUGAUUUUAAAGUCCUGGAGUAUUUUGAUGUGUUUAAUCUGUGAGGUGAGAUCUGUUCAUUUGGCUCCAAAAAGCUUCCAAAUCGGCCCAGUUCUCCAAAACGCACAUAAAUAAUGACAAAUAAUUCUAGUGUAGCUGUGUCAUUAGUGAGUUUACUCCUUUAAAUAUUUCCCCCAUAGCAUUUAAUCAUAAAUUCUCUCUGUUAAGCUUCUUGAAAUCCGCUUUGGGAAAUAGUUGAGGUUAACAUGCUGCAGCAAGAGUGUUCCUGUUGUGUUUCUGGACAUAAAACCAUCAGUCUAAUUAAUGCUUUACAAUAAUUAGCCGUCAUUAAUGAAGGUGCUGUUACGCUGGGACGUGUACACGAUGGUCACAAACGCUUUGAGUUCAGCUCAGUCAGAGAAAUAUAAGUUUAGCAUAAGAAAGAUCCAACAGAGUCGGUUUAACACUGAGUUAAUAGCAUCACAUGUCACUGAAAAAUAAAUGUGAUUGAUGGUCAUGACACAUUGAACCCUCUUCUGUUGAGCCCACUCAUAUAAAAAACACAUCACAUAAAGUUUUACAUCUUUAUUCUAAUCUGAACACUGUGAGCACGAUCCUGUCCUGACGAUCCUCCUUUGUAGCUCUCCGUAGCUUCUUGGCUAAUCCUAGUUCUUCUGGUUUCCUGGAGGAGUCACUUCCUCCAGCGUGUGUUUCCGCUGGCUGUUGCUUUUAGUCUUUGCGGUGCGUUCAAAUGAACUUUUUGGAAUCGGAAGACACAGGUGAAACCAUGCUGGUUCGGUGUGUCUGUACCUAAACAGUCAAAUCAGGGAAAGUAAAAUUUUAAAAAAUCCAACUAAAGCUUCAUUCUUCUGAAUCCCAGUAAUUCUGAAAGAUUUUAAUGAUGUUUGAGUUAUGAGGUCACGUACCAGUGGAAGGAACUUAAGACUGAUACUUAAAACGCUACCAGUCAAUCUGUAAUUUGCUCCGUUUGCCCCGGUUUGAGCAGCAGAACCAUUAGCCGUAACUCGUACUCUAAAACGAUAAUUGAAGGAUACAGGUGUAGGCGGCGCAUAUGUCUGUGUUGUGCGUUCGGGUUGCUGGACGUGGGCGGCAGAGGCACAGUUGCGUCUCGCUACCGUGUCAAACAACGGCAGGAGUUCUGACGCUCGAGAUGAACUGUCGACGAACAUAAAGAGGCUGUCGAUUCCCGGCGGGCCCAUCGUCGCUGCCCAGCUAACACUAACAAUUCACCCGGCUAAUAGGCGGGAGAAAACCUGUGCGCGGUAGCAUUGUGAGUCACAGAUGAGUCAGCACACUCAGACUAAAAGACAAACUCAGCAUGAGAAAGUCUUUCAUUAAUCAACCGUAAAGAUUGUUGAAUAAGAAUCAGGAGAUUUGGGCCAAAUUUUAUUUUUUUUGUAAGACUUAUUAUGUAAGAUAAGCUUUUAAGUUCUCAUAGUGUGACCGAAUAGUGCGUGACGGUGGAUAGAGAAACUGAGAUUUACAGCUUCGUCUGUUACGCAAAUAUUGGAUCCGGUGCAUAAUAUUAUGAGGGAACAACAUAGUUAUAUCCAUUUACGUGUGCAAUGCAGUAAAGAAAAGCUAAAACUUGCACUUGUAAUCCAGAUUACUUCAUCACUUCAUUCUCAACACGCGGCAGAAUAAUUCAUCAGAAUAACACGGAGAACUGUGACUUUCAUCUAAUAAUAUGCCUCUUUUUUUUUUAUCAACAGCCUUUUCUUUACAAAUAUUCAGAUUUUGUGGUUGAAAUAUUACAAUUAUUUUCUCCUUUCUUUCUUUUAGAUUUUCUUCUAGUUUUAGUUUUAUCUUGUGAACUGUAAACGGUUUAAUAAGGAUCCCACAAAAGAGAAACAUAUUCUUCCCAUGAACGUUUGCAAAAUUUAUUCUUUGCCGUUUUUUUUUUGUUUUUUUGUUUUUUUUUUUUUUUUGACGUGACAAGUAGAACUAUGUAGUAGUUUAAAAGGGAACAUUCAGGAAGCGGAAGUUUUUGCAUGUGAAUAACGAGCUCCAUGUUGUUUAUACCAAAGUCAUUGAUUCAAGCAUAUUUGAAUUUGUAUAUUUUUUUGUGCAAGCCGACUUCCAUUCAGCAUUUAAUGAUGUUAAGUCUGCUCUGAGAUGAUGCGGAGAGACACUGCCUUUUUGAGAAAUGCUAGUUGUUUGACUAUUUUUUUUUUCUUUCUCAAAUGUAGGUUGAUUAGAGUGUAAAACUUGCUUAUUGUAAAGGGGGUCUGUGCAACUAGAGAUUAGCGUUUAGUCAGCUACUGUUUAAUGGGAAAUGAGCCAAUAGCUGCGAUUCUUUUGUGCUGGUAAGUGUGUUCAUCUGCAGAGGAUUAAAAUACGUUUUAAAUAGACUCAAGCACAACUGCCGUUGACUGUCACACAAUUUUGUUUCCAUUUCUUUUAGGAUUCCUUUUGUUUUUCUGUUUCAGGACAAUGUGCAACGCCUUCAUCAAGAAAGCUGCUAUUGUUGUUUACUGUGUAAUAAUGAUAUGAGAGCUUCUUUUCCCUCAUUUCAGUGGUGUUUCCUUGUCUUUCCACUGUUUGGAAAAAAAAAAAAAAAAACAAGAAAGGAAAAAAAAAAACUUCAACAGAUGACCCCACCUCCACGAGGUCAAAUGUGAUUUAUGCAAUAAAAUGUUUACUGGGGUCGUGACACUACGAAGAGACCCAGAGCGGUUGUACAGACUUUGCAAUCAAAGCACAAUGUGCAAAUGCUACCAUUUUUUUAGUCUGAGGAAGAGAGGUGUUUAUAUACAGAGUAAAUCUUUGUGCUUUAAGAUUUUGCUUUUUAAAGGUGUAAGAAAAAAUAAAAGCAUUUUUCUUAAA